AUCACUGUCUGCCUGAGAAUCAUAUAUUGUUUCUUAAAAAAUUCCACGUUUUCUAUGUGCUCUGGUAUUAAAAAACCGCCCAUCUGCUAUUUCCCGUUUUCGUGCAACAGUCUCUUCUCCACAACCUGAAAUUCCAGAAUCUCUCUCUCUCUCUCUCUCUCUCUCUCUCUCUCUCUCAUGGGGGCCUUAAACCGCUUCUUAAAGUUCAAAACCCUCUCACCACAUCAUGUCCGUACAUUCUCCGCUCUCGUUUCCGAAACUGACCUCCGCUCCCCUUCUUCCCUCUCCCACACCUCCCUCCCUCUCCGCCGAGAUUCCCGGGGCAGAAACGUCCAAUGGGUUUUCCUUGGUUGCCCUGGCGUCGGCAAGGGCACCUACGCCGGCCGUCUGUCUCACCUCCUCGGCGUCCCUCACAUCGCCACUGGUGAUCUUGUCCGUGAGGAGCUCUCCAGCUCUGGGCCCCUCUCCCACCAGCUUGCAGAAAUUGUAAAUCAAGGCAAAUUAGUUUCAGAUGAGAUCAUAAUAAAUCUGCUGUCUAAACGUCUUGAAAGUGGAGAAGCUAAGGGCGAAUCAGGUUUCAUUCUUGAUGGUUUUCCAAGGACAAUUAGACAAGCUGAGAUAUUGGGGGGAGUGACUGAUAUUGACUUGGUCAUUAACCUAAAGCUCAGAGAAGAUAUACUUCUUGUGAAGUGCCUCGGUAGGAGGAUUUGCAGCCAAUGUGGAGGGAACUUCAAUGUUGCCUCCAUUAACAUUAAGGGUGAGAAUGGGAUGCCUGGAAUUUGCAUGGCUCCACUUCUUCCUCCUGCACAUUGUGCAUCAAAGCUCAUCACCCGCUCUGAUGAUACUGAAGCAGUAGUAAAAGAACGUCUCCGCAUCUACAAUGACAUGAGCCAACCCGUGGAGGAGUUCUAUCGCAGCCGAGGGAAACUAUUAGAGUUUGAUUUACCAGGAGGAAUCCCAGAAUCCUGGCCAAAGCUACUGCAAGCACUGAAUCUUGAAGAUCAUGAUGACAAGCAGUCCGCAGCAGCAUAAGUUAUAAGUUUAAGGUGAGUCAUUCUUCCCAUGUGUGAGAUUUACGUGCAUGUCAAAUUCAAAAAUAUUUUUUAAAAUAAAAGUCUGAAUCCUGGUUGCCAUUUGAAGAGGUCAACCGUUCAGUUGGGCUUUUGUAGUUUGGGAGCAACAUGAGGUGUAUUUUGAAAAAGAAAGAAAGAAAGGUAAUGUUAUAUUAAGGAUGAUGAGCUCAAAGGGGGUUUAUGUAACCAGUAAGUUUUGACCGUAUGGAGACGGGUUCCAUUUUUGGCUGAGUAAGAACAUGCUUCUUCUGUUUA